UGCAUUGCACCUGGGGGACCCUUCAGGUAAAGUGCUGCAGGCUGCAAACGUCAAAACACACUGGUACUCAUUUGUCUGUGAAACGCUGCAAACCAAACUGUGAAAUGGAGUCAUUAUCAAAAGCGGAUGAGCCAUUUCCUACACCACCACCUUACUUCUUACCAGAUGACAGCCAGACAGGCCAAGAUGUCAGAAUGUACCACAUUCACUCACCUUUCACUCCUCCACCACCUCCCUCCUUCUCAUUUUCUCCUGGAGUUGGCUGUUCCUCCCAAAAUUACCCACAAGAGUCUGAUCCAUCUACUCCCAGGCCCAAGUUUGUGAGCUAUGAAACUCAGUUGUAUCGCUACCCGGCUCAGUCAACCUGCCCCUCUUGUCAGGCUCAGGUCACCACACAGGUCACCUACCAAGUCGGCACACACGCGUGGCUCAUGUGUCUGGUGUUUGUGUUAUGCGGGUUGCUGUUUGGAUGCUGCCUGAUACCAUUUUUGUGAACCAUUUAAGGACGCCUUUCAUACCUGUCCUCGCUGUCGCCGGGUCCUUUAUGUACACAAGAAGACUGUGCUGUGAAUAAACACUCCCAAGCUGUAAUGCCUUUAGGUCAA